CACACCUUCAGCUGCAUGAGAAAACGUGCAGGCAAAAGACAUGGCCUACGAUCGCUGGGGCUCAGUUACAGUAAUGGGAUGACGUUGAUGACUUAAACAACACAUGUGGUAUAAUCAGAGCAGUGAUAACAACCUGAAUGUAAGCCAGAGACCAAGAGAUAAAGUGACACACACGCACUCAAACACUCACACAGAAAACAGGCGCAGCCCGUUUGUUCACCGCAGCAGCCAACACAGGCAUGUUAGAGCAGGUCAGUGAGUUCCUAUGGUGGGAACGCCUGUGGCUUCCCAAAAACGUCUCCUGGUCUGACCUCCAGGACGGCGACGGACUGGUCUACGCCAGACCCUCCCACCUGUACCUGGCCCUCCCAUGUGCCUUCGCUCUACUCCUUGUGAGGUACCUCUUUGAGAGGUAUCUGGCGUCUCCGCUGGCUGAGGCAUGGGGGAUCAGAGAUAGGCGUCGUCUGCCACCAGAGCCCAGCUGCGCGCUGGACGCCUACUUCUGCCACACGUCACACUGCCCUUCACAGGCUGAGGUGAGGUCGCUGUGCAAGAAGACAAGCUGGUCCGAGCGGAGGGUUCAGGUCUGGUUCAGGAGACGGAGGAACCAGGACCGGGCCGGUCUGUGCAAGAGGUUCUGUGAGGCCAGUUGGAGAUGUACAUUCUACUUAUUUGCCUUUCUUGGAGGAAUCCUUGCCCUCUACGAUAAACCUUGGCUUUACAAUCUGAGAGAUGUUUGGGAUGGCUUCCCGAAACAGUCGAUGCUGCCAUCUCAGUACUGGUAUUACCUGAUGGAAAUGGGCUUCUACCUCUCUCUGCUCCUCAGUCUCACAUUUGAUGUGAAGCGCAAGGACUUCAAAGAGCAGGUUGUCCAUCAUAUAGCCACCCUGACGCUCCUGGCAUUCUCUUGGGCUUCGAACUACAUCCGCAUCGGAACGCUCGUCAUGGCAACCCAUGACAGCGCCGACAUACUGUUGGAGGGUGCAAAGAUAUUGAACUACGCCAAGUGGAAGAGAUCUGCCGACGCCAUGUUUGUGGUGUUUACCUUAAUCUUUGCACUGACCAGAAUGGUCAUUUUACCUUUUUGGCUCAUACACUGUACGUGGGUGUAUCCGGUGGAGCGCUUCGAGCCUUUCUUUGGCUACUACUUCUUCAACGCCAUGCUGGUGGUGCUGCAGAUUCUCCACUUCUACUGGGGGUUGCUCAUAUCCAAGAUGCUCUACAAAUGUCUCUUCAGCAAGCUGGAAGGCGAUGAAAGAAGUGACGAGGAAGAGGAGGACAGAAGUGAUGAGGAAGAGGAGGGCAAGGACCCACCGAAGAAGGAGAACCAGAGGCUGGAUCACACAACCAGCUGUCGGCCCAGAGGCCGGGCCAACGGAAUCUGACCUAGGCGGACAGUUGUGGAUUGAGACACAAAUACAUGACAAUGAAUAUGGAUUACUGUGGAAGAGGAUGCCUACAAUGAGAUUCAAACUGCAUAGAUUGCAAUUUCCAAUGCUUUUCCAUAAGUUUCUUCAGGCCAAGAUUCACAUUUGAUUGUAUGGGCGUAAUGCAAUACUUAAUAAUUCAAGGAGAAAACAAAAAUAUGUCAUACUUAAGGUUAACACGCUUUAUUAAUGCGUGUGUGGGCUUAACACGCCCCCUGCCCUACGCAUUAAACACAUUGCUGCUCAGACGGAGCAUCACCAAUCACCAUCCACACACACCGGGUUGUUGAUCCUGGACAAACGCUGCAAUGUCAUCAGAUCAGAACAUCAGAUCAGAACAUUAAUCAGAAGAUCAAAUCAGAAGAUCAGAUCAGAACCUCCGAUCAGAACAGCUUACCGUCUGAACAACCCCAAAGUCCUUAGAUGCCCAAUGUCAACAAACUGAUAACAAUGCCAUCAAUAUUGCUUAAGGAGCAAUUCUCAAACAUAAACCACAAUAAAAAUGGAUUCAACUAAACAGGCGGUUGCUGUGAUGAUAAAUUAAGGUGACAGUUUUGCUGAAAUAAAAAUUGUGGUUUGGCAGUCCAUGUAUCAACAAAUGAUCUGAUGUUUGACGAAUGCAUAAGAUUGUUAAACAUGUUAUGUACAACAAUUUACUUAUAUUUAGUCUGAUUUUAGUAUUCUGAAUUGUUUUAGUUUUAGUCUAGAUUUAGUCGACUAAAUAUUUUGUUGACUAAAAUCGAAGUGUAAAGCAUUAUUUAAAGGCAGUGUUGCAGGUUAACCGGAAGUUUUGAUUAAUGGGUAUGUGGUAUACCCCCCAUUUUUGUAUUUUGUUUAGUCCCUUUUCAUGAUUCUGUGACUUAUAUUUUCUUAAUGUACCAAUGUUUUGGCCAAUAUAUGGCAUUAGACCCCUGAAUAAUGCAGUUGCAUGACGAUUUGGAAUACUGAACAAAGGAAAUCAGAACGUUGUUGUUACUGCAAGUGAAGGAAGGAAGCAGUCGCAUUCGCGAAGUGAGCAGUAAUAAGUUUGCAAAAUACGGAAUAAAUGUGAAAAUA